AUGUUAAUCUUUCUUUGUGGGUUUGUAAAACUCCCAAUGAAUAUAAAGAUGCUAUUUUCAUUCAUGAGCGACUCUAUACCUGUAUUUGGUAGCAAAAGAAAAGGGUAUCUCGUUAUAGGAUCGUUUAUUUUGUUUUUCUCGCUGUUAAUGCUAGGGAUCCAGGAUAAACAAGACAUUUACGUAACCACAUUUUACCUGGUAAUGUCCUCUCUUGGCAUAACAAUGUGCAAUGUUGUUGGAGAAGCGCUAAUUAUAGAAUCAGGAAAGCAACAGACCAAUGACCAAAUUACACAGUCGAUUUCUGUAUUUUCUGCAUUUAGGAAGUUGGCAUUUUCCGCAAUGGUUUAUUUGUCCGCUGUUCUACUUAUGACUAUCCCAAAGAGGAAAAUAUUUCUCUACUCGGCGAUAAUACCGGCUAUUGUACUCUUGAGUAGCCUAUUUGUUCAAGAAAGGGAUGUGUUGUCAUUUCCAAGCGUUAGAAACCAAUUAUCACGCCUAAUCACAUUUACUGAGAUGCGAGAGAUUAGAAGGCCUGCAAUAUUUUUGUUUCUGACAACGGUGAGUAUAUUGUGUGAUUAG